AUGGGAGCAUAGUAAUGUUGUGGCUCAUAAAUGGUUAUUCAGGCUUCUCAAUCAUUUUCUAAUUAAAUGUCUCAGGAAAUUUAAUUUACAAAUGAUAUUGAUGUAUUCAGAAAAGCUGUCAUUUAACCAAUUAAACCUUUACCUCUCAACAGGCUCGAAAGUCUAAAAGAAGUUAUGGAUGAUGAUAUUGAUGAUAUUUUAAAUCAUUUUAAUGAAUUAGAAAAAGAAUGA